GAUUGGCUGAACAAGAAGUAGGACUGAGUGGACUUGAAGGCACUAAAGUUUUACAUUGUUUUGUUUUUGAGUGCAGUUAUGAAUAAAAUGAAUAAAACAAAAACAAAAACCCCAAAACCCACAUCUUAUUUUUUGGGAACUUCAAGGAAAUUCCAUAUUUCAAGAAAAUCAAAGAAAAAGCUCAGAAAAACUAGAAUAGACUGGAAGACCUAAUUAUGACCACACACUCCCAUGUCAAUUCUGUAAGAUCAUGUGAAAUACAUUCUCCGGUCUUACAGAUGAUUUAAGUAAAUGGCUUCUUUUUAGUGGCAUUCCAGACUAAAAGAAAGUGGGAGUUGUGGGUUCUGAGACCCUGGAGUUAAAAUUGUCAUUUGGGGUCUGAAAUCACAGUUGCCAACUUUCAUGUAGUAAAUAAGCACCCCAACUUUCACAAUAAGCCAAAAAUUAAGCCAAUCCAAUUUUAAAACAAGCCAAUCCCUAAAAACCCCAACAUUCUAUGUGACUAGAUCCCCCCGGCAUGCAGUCUGGGACUGUGAUGGGCCUGCUGUGCAACCCUGACUCCCACUCCACCCCCUUGCUCCUUCUUGCCCCCAUAUGCCGGGAGCCAAUAAAAAAAAGAAGCAACAAGCUACAAGACGAACAAGCAAUGAGCUACUAGCCAACAAGCAACUCACAAGCCAAUUAAGCCAAAAAACAAGCCCAAUUUCUGCAUUUUUUCCCCACGGGUUUGGCAUGUCUGCCUGAAAUGUCUCUCUUUGAAGUAAACUGCAAAACUCCAAUAGUUUUCAGUGGGCACAGGGUUGAGCCUCAGAGGUGUGCUUAGUGCCAGUUUAUACACAUCAGCAGAUGACACUGGCAUCUUACUCAAAAAUCAAGGGUAAGCAAUGCCUUCCCUAUGGGGAUCUUCCCAAUCCCUAAACCACCCUAGCAGAAAUGUUCCUUUCUACGGUUUAAUCCCAUGCUCCAGCGAUAGGGUUUUAACUGCCAUCUUUAUGUUGAUGACUCUCAGAUCUACUUCACCACCCCUUUUUUUUCCUCUUUCCAUUUUUCCUGUCUUCCUUAAUCACGCUGCUGGUAAAAAAGUUGGAGUGAAAGUGAAAACUACUAUACUAUCAUUUGAAUAGUUUUACUGUUGAGUUAUUUAAUUCAGACAUACUCAGGGAGUUUGGGUCAUAUUACCAUGUUUUUAUUCAGACAUUUUGAAUUCUUUUCACGUUUCUAAGAACUACCCUGUUUGGUAAUCUUUCACUAGUGGUCAAAGGUUGGAAGAGCUUAAAAGAAAAGAAAAAAAACAUAGCAACAUAAAACUCCAAUCAGGUUGCACACCAGCUGUAAAGAAAGUAUUCUCCCCUAUCUAGGAGUGAAUAUGAGUCUUGUCUAUUCAAGUCUGGAUAGCACUUGGCAGCAGUGUGGGCUUGUGUCUUCGAGCAGCAGAAAUAGAGCAGAGAAGAUUCUUGACAUAUGAAUGAAACUGAGUUAACAAUGGAGCCAUCAGAAGAAUUUUUGUUCAAACAUAAAGGUUUUUAUUUCCACCCAGGCCAUGUUACACCUGAAUACAUAGAUUCACUAGAGGAUUUUGAAAUCAGAGACAGUGAUGUAUUUGUUGUUACUUAUCCAAAAUCAGGGAAUGUGUGGAUUCAGAAUAUUUUGAGCUUCAUUUAUCAUGAAGGCCAUCGGGAUGGAACAGAAAAUAUGAAAAUAAUAGCCAGAGUCCCAUGGCUGGAGUAUAACGUACAUAAUAUGGAUUAUGUCCAUCGUCCAUCAUCUCGUCUCUUUACAACUCACCUGCCUUACUAUUUAGUUCCAAGAGAUCUGAGGAACAGGAGAGAAAAAGUUAUUUAUGUAGCCAGAAACCCGAAGGAUGUUGCGGUGUCCUAUUUUCAUUUUUCCAACUUUUCAGUCAUGCUUGAGACAAUACCAGAUUUUAAUAUUUUUCUGGAGAGGUUGUUAGCUGGGAAAGUACUGGCUGGUUCCUGGUUGGAUCACGUCAGAGGCUGGUCCACCCACAGGGAUGACUUCAAUAUUCUCUUCCUCACCUAUGAAGAGAUGAAGAAGGAUCUCAGAGGCACUGUGCUGAAAAUCUGCAAAUUCUUAGGAAAGCAGCUAAAUGAAAAGGAGCUGGACACUGUUGUGGAAAAUGCUACAUUUGAUAAAAUGAAAACUGAUCCCAGAGCAAACUAUGAGUCCAUGCUAGGCAAUCUCCUGGAACGAGGCAAAGGACAUUUUCUUCGGAAAGGCACCAUUGGAGACUGGAAGAACACAAUGACUGUGGCACAGAGCGAAAGGUUUGACAAUGUUUUUAAGGAGAAAACGAAAGACCUGUCUUCCAUGUUCAGCUGGGAUAUAAAUGACGACAUAUAGGCUGGUUUCCAGUUGGAAAGAGGUGAAAGUGCGCUAAAGAAAAUGAAAAUACGUUUUUGUCUCCAGUGGUCAUAAAAAUCCAUCAUUCUGUGCAAAUUAAAGAUUUUAAACCUGCAAAA